CUACAUUAGCAAUGUUUGUAUUUCUAGAACCCCGAUAAACCUUUACUUUGGAGAUAUAACAUAGGAAAUCAUUCGUAAUGGCGGAUUACUGGAAGUCACAGCCAAGGAAAUUCUGCCAGUACUGCAAAUGUUGGAUAGCAGACAAUAAACCAAGUAUUGAGUUCCAUGAGAGGGGGAAGAAUCACAAAGAAAAUGUGGCGGCUAAAAUUGAAGAGAUUAAAAAGAAGAGCAUUGACAAGGCUAAGAAGGAGGAACGCAUGUCUAAGGAGUUUGCAGCCAUGGAGGAGGCUGCGCUGAAAGCCUAUCAGGAGGACAUGAAGAGACUACAGGCAGAAUCAGGUAUGUCAGAGACUCCAGUUAAAUCUCAGAGUAAAACAAGGAAACCUGAGGUGGAGGUUACCACGGACACUGACAGCAACGACCAAUCAGAUGCCUGGGUGGAAGGAACAACAGAUGAUGGACAGAUUUACUACUACAACGUUUUGACUGGAGAAUCCCAGUGGGAUAAACCAGAUGGGUUCCAGGGUGAUACCCCAGUCUCUGCUCAGAGUCAGACUUUCUCAGGCAGUGCAUGGAUGGAAGCAGUGAGCCCUGAUGGAUACACUUACUAUUAUAACACAGAGACAGGAGAGUCCAGCUGGGAAAAGCCAGCAGACUUCGAUCCGCAAGAGGAACCAGGCCCUCCCGGAGAGGCCGAGGAACAGGGGGACCCCUCUCCGCCCAAACCGGAGGCGCUGUCCGGGGGAGAGGACAGUUCAGACGCCUCCAAAGGAGCUGCGGAAACAGAGGAGGUUAAACAGCCUCGAGUCCCCAAAAUCAGCUUCAGGAAAAGAAAAGAAGAGGCAACACAGCCCUCAGAGACAGACAAAGAGAAGAAAGAGGGAGAUGAAGAGGGGGAUGAAAACAAGGAAAAGGAAGAUGAUCCAGUUUCCGCUGCACCUCCUGAAGCUGCAAAGGAGGAUGAAAUUCCAGCGAAAAAACCUAGAAAGACGAAUCCGUACGGAGAAUGGGAGCAGAUCGUACAGGAGGAAGAUCCCUACGAGAAUGUGGAUCUGCAGCUUCCUCAGGUGGACAACGCGGCCGCCGCCGCCGCCACGACCUCCGACCUGCCCCCGGAGCCUAAGCCUAAGUUUAAGGAGCGCACCAUCACCUCGCUCGGAGUCGAGGGGAGCGAGGGGGCCACGUUCCGGAAGAGGAAGACGGAAAACGGAAAAUCGAGGAGCAUCCGACAGAGAGGGAAAGAUGACUGAGAUUUUAGGGGACUUUUUUUAGGGGGGGGGGUUCUUCUCACGGACUUGUAGAGGAGAGCUGGGAGAUCGAGAUCUGACAGCACGGGUGGGUUUACAGCGCUGUACGCUGUGCAGGGAUAGGAAUGCUGAUGAAUAUGUUUUUUUUUGUUGUUUUUCUUUUUAACAUUUGGCUUAAUUUCAUCAUAUGUAGUACAAGUCGUUUCUCAUCAGUGAAGAUCAGUGCGUGAGUGUGAUUUUUACUCUUCUCUCAGUUUUUGUCGCGACCUUUUUUUUUUUUCACCUCUUCAUAGAUGUCGAGGGUUUUGCUGAAUGUGUCGUUUUGUCGCGUUUUUAACUGAAUCGAAUCUAGGAGUCCGAAGGGGGGGGGGGGGGCAAAUAUGUCGUCAAUAAUGUGUGAACAUGAAGAUAUUUUUUUAAAAUUGAUUUGCGGAAUUAAAGUCUUUCUCGAUUUUUUUCCUGACAUCACAUAAAUAUUCCUCUGAUAUUUCAUAUUCCAACUAUAAAUCCUGUUAUAUUUUUAUAUUUCCAUCUAUGCAAAAGUGAAUCUGUUCAAGCUUUUCAUAACACAAUAGCAAAGUACAUGAUAGUAAUCUGAAACUAUACUGGAGCGAGAGUUUAAAACU